UCUCCUCUCUCUUCAACAUAUCUCUCAGAUUACCGUCAUCUUGUUCACCGCUGUGCGUCGAUCUUGUUGCAGCUGGUCACCGAUUUCACAGCUUUGCGGAUUGGUCAUCACGGCUUCACAGAUUUCAAGCUUCUACUGAUUUCAUUCUCCAAAACCCACAAAAUGCUGUUAGGGUUUUGGACCAUCUGCACCAGCCGGAACUGACGAGCAACUCGAGACGGGCGGCCACUCCACUCUUUUCAGGAAAGUACGUAAAUACGAUACCUAAAUGGAGGUCCCUGGGAACUAGGAAGCUUGCCCAUAUCUCCCUGAGAAGAGGAAGAGAGGCAAACCAAGUGGGACCCCCGACUGAGCUUCCUAUCUCAAUCUGCAAACCAGGGGCUCUUGAACAUAAAAAAAAAAUCUAUGAUUGCCUUUCUCCUGCUCCAAGUACCGGUUCUGCUCAUCCAUUUAGGAGUUUGAGACGCCCGUAUUCCAGAAUCCCAACUUAUCUGUCAGUUAUAAAAGGGUUGCAUAGAAGCAAAAGAGGAGGAAUAUUAGUAGGUCUGACUAAUGCUGCGUGGGAGCUUUGUAGUGCCUUCACUUACCAGAACUUGUCCUUUCUUGUCACUGUUUGUCAAAAUCCACUCGAGUCCAUGCCACACCAGUCGUGCCCUCCUUGGUUAUCGUACUUGCUUCCCUGGAAAACCCAUCAACGUUAUUAACUGUAACUUCUUGAUGAAUGGAAGAGCCCAUUUAUGCAGCUUACCUCUAUCUGCAAAAUCACCAAUUCGGGAAUCCUCACCACGUGCUCAUGUUUCCAACAAGUCAAAGAAGAAAGAACGCAGGGAAGCCCCUGAGGCUGUGUUGAAAUUCAAGUUGGACAUGUGCUCCAGGCAUCGCAAACUUAUUGAAGCCCUUCAACUCUAUGAUGAGGCGAGGGGUAAUGGUGUCCAACUUAAUGUACAUCAUUACAAUGUAGUCCUCUAUUUGUGCUCUUGUCAUGAUUCUUCUGCUGAAUUGAGUGAAGAUCCUUCGGAUUUGGGUUUGAAAAGGGGCUUCAAGAUUUUCCAGCAAAUGCUUAGUGAGAAAGUUGCUCCAAAUGAGGCCACGUUUACAAGUGUGGCGAGGCUGGCUGCUGCGAUGAAUGACCCAGAAAUGGCUUUUGAUUUGGUGAAGCAAAUGAAGCAAUGUGGUAUUCCACCAAAGUUGAGAUCAUAUGAACCAGCGUUGCUUGGAUUCUGUGAGAAGGGAGAGGCGGAUAAAGCUUAUGCAGUUGAUGCGCACAUGGCUGGAUCUGGUUUAAUGGCAGAAGAACCUGAGCUUUGUGCUCUUUUGAAAGUAAGUGUUGAAACAAAGAAGGCAGAUAAGGUUUAUGAGUUGCUGCAUCGGUUGCGUGCUACAGUGAGACAAGUUACAGAAUCAACCGUUGGAAUUAUUGAAGACUGGUUUAAAUCUGGGACUGCUUCAGAAAUAGGGAUGGAAAAAUGGGAUGUGAACUUGGUAAAAGAAGGAGUUAUUAAAGGAGGAGGAGGGUGGCAUGGGCAAGGGUGGCUAGGAAGUGGGAGAAUGAGGGUCGAAAAGACUGUAAUGAAUGAGAAGGGUGUGUGUCAAUCAUGUGGAGAGAAGCUUGUCUGUAUUGAUAUCGAUCCAAAAGAAACAGAGAACUUUGCUAGCUCAUUAAUAAGCUUGGCUUGCAAGAGAGAAGUUAAAGGGGAUUUCAUUCAGUUCCAGAAAUGGCUCCAGCAGCAUGGUCCAUUUGAUGCAGUCAUAGAUGGUGCAAAUGUGGGACUAGCUAACCAGAGCACAUUCAGUUUUAACCAGAUUGAAAAUGUAGUAAAUCUGAUACGUGAAAUGAUUCCAUCAAAGAGAUCCCCACUUAUUAUUUUGCAUAGAAGCCGUGUGACUGGUGGUCCUGCUCAGCAUCCUAAAAACCAGAGGAGGUUAGAAACUUGGACACGGGCUGGUGCUCUUUAUUCUACUCCUCUCGGUUCCAAUGAUGAUUGGUAUUGGUUGUACGCUGCUGUUAGCUGCAAUUGUUUACUGGUGACAAACGAUGAGAUGCGGGACCACUUGUUUCAGCUUCUGGGGAGUACCAUUUUUCCAAGGUGGAAAGAAAAGCAUCAGGUUCACAUGUCUGUCUCAAGAAUGGGAGUUUCCCUUCACAUGCCGCCCCCAUAUUCAAUUGUUAUUCAGGAGUCAGAGAACGGCAGUUGGCAUGUGCCAACAACAACAGGUGAUGAUAUAGAGAACCCAAGACAAUGGCUGUGUGCCAGAAGAACCAGGUCAUCGUGACAUCCGACUCUAAAGUAGCCAUUAUUCUUAUAUAUGUAAUUGUGCUUGUGUUAGAGAGGGAGAGGAAGAGUCUCCAUGUCUCUCCAGAUGUAACUUUCAUUGUUAACCUUAACCAUUCAUUAAUUUAAACCUAUCAAUAAAAACUUUGUUCUA